AUGUCAGUGUCACACCCAAAUGUUGGAGAUUUCAAGUGGGGCAUUAAGAGGGGAGUUGGUCUGAAAAAUAAAGAGAUGCAGUUCUAUGAAUCAUUUGUUUACGAGGGUGUGGAGUACUUUCUGUAUGAUUGUGUCUACUUUUACCAUACAGAUCAUACUGAUACUUCUAUCGGUAAGCUUGUCAAGAUAUAUGAGAGACCAACCCAUGAAAAGAUGGUCAAAGUUGUCUGGUUUUUUCGUCCCUCCGAGAUUCGUAAUUUCUUGGGAGAUUAUCAGCCACGUUGGAAUGAGUUGUUUUUGGCAUCUGGUGUGGGCAAAGGUGUUUCCAAUGUCAAUUUUCUGGAAUCAAUUAUUGGAAAAUGCAGUGUUGUUUGCACCUCGAAGGACAAAAGAAAUCCCGAGCCAUCUGAAACAGAGUUAAAGAGGGCUGACUUCUUUUUCAAUUGUACUUUUGAUGUUGCAAAGCGUAUAAUCGUUAAUAAAUUUCCUGAUGAGAUUGACGGAGUUAAAGUGGAGCAAUUCUUUAACAGGAAGGGGGAUAAAAAAACCAGUAACCAUCUGCAUGUUGAGACAAACAUAAGACCUAAAAUUGUAAUUAAGAUUAGGAAUCUUCCUUCAGAUAUCUUGCAGAGUCAAGUUGAAGAUAAAUCUGAAGUGACAACUUCUGAGAAUGUCUUGCUAAAGAGCUCAUCAUGUUCUUUUCCAUAUAAAAAGAGAAAGAUCGUAGAAGAGGAGUCAACCAUUAGUCAAAGUAGUAAAUCCCCUAAGGAUGAGGAAUUUAAUGAGAAGAAGGCAGAUUGCAGACAGGAUAAGAGAGUGGAAACAUACAGAAAAGUUAUUGAGGUGAAUGAAAGGCCAAAUGCACCUUGGGACGAAAGACUACGGAAUGCUCAAGAGUUGGGUACCCUGGUUUUAAUGAAUAAUCUGGAUCCAUCCUACACGUCAUAUGAAGUAGAGGAUCUUGUUUGGCAUGCACUCAAAGAGAAGGUAGCUGCAAGGAUGAUAGAAUGGAGCCCCACUUCCAAUACAUACUAUGGUAGAGCAUUGGUUAUUUUCAAGACAAAAGAUGCAGCUGAAUCUGCAAUAUCUGAGUUGAACAAUAGAUGCCUUAUUCUUGGAGAAGGGAGGAUUGUGAGCGCCGAGAAGGGAACUGUAAGAGAGCCUUGCAAGCAAAGCAAUUUCAGUGGUCAUUUGGUCAUCAGAAGAAGAGUUCUGCUUCAAAAGCGACGCCAGGAGAUGAGUAAUGCAAUAUCAACAUCACAUUGUUCCCAGCCCAAUACAAUUGAAUACGCGAUGGCUAUUAAAUGGCUACUGGAAUAUCAUAAGUCCGAUGCAUGUUGGAAUGCAUUAUAUAAGAGACAACUGAAGGAGAUACUAGAUGUGAAGAGUAAAUUUAAAAUGGACGGCUUCUUUUAA